CCCAUUUAAAGCAUCGCUCAGGUAGUAAAGGGGGCAGAUUCGAGGACCAGAUACGAGCGUGUGUUGGGGCUGCGCAGCUCACACCCCUUGGAUUCUUCAGCGACUCUCCGCUGGCUUUACCUCGUCUCUUUCUGGAAAUCAUGGUGGCUAAAACCAAAAAACAGACCGCGAAGAGUCCGGCGACCCAAACUGACCGCGACAGGAGCCCGCUUGUUUCGCCUCCUGGCAAAAGUAACGUUAGGCGACCAGGCAGGGAGGGCAAGGCUUUCAACAGCACGCAUUCAAACGGGGCUUUCAGCAUCGGGCACAAGCUGGGGCUAACUCCCUCUGCAGCCGCCAAGCUGGGAAUCACUCUUCUCCUCGCUGCUCUGAGUGGAUAUCUGCACUGGUAUCAUCUCUCACAGCUCUUUGAGAAUGACAGGCACUUUUCGCAUUUGUCUAACCUGGAGAAGGAAAUGGCUUUUCGAACAGAAAUGGGUCUGUACUAUUCCUACUACAAGACAAUUAUUGAGGCUCCUUCUUUCCUGGACGGCCUUCACAUGGUCAUGAACGAUCGGCUGACAGAGUAUCCCCUGGUUAUUAACACACUGAAGAGAUUCAAUCUCUAUCCAGAGGUGGUCCUGGCCAGCUGGUACCGGGCGUACACAGGUGUAAUGGGUUACUUUGGGAUUCCCACAAAAAUGUGCUGGUCCAUCAACAGAGGAGAGGGACUUACUCCUGUGGACAGCUGUGAAGGGAUGGGUGACCCAGCAUAUUUCUACGUGGCCUGUGUGUUCCUGCUGAACGGCUUGAUGAUGAGCCUCUUCUUCAUUUACGGCUCCUACCUCAGUGGCAGUCGACUGGGUGGCGUUGUAACCACAUUGUGUUUUUUCUUCAAUCACGGCGAGAGCACUCGAGUGAUGUGGACUCCACCCCUGAGGGAGAGCUUUGCCUACCCGUUCCUGGUCCUGCAGAUGCUUCUUCUCACAUACAUCCUACGGACACGGAACCCGAGCCGGACAGCCAUGGUCUCUCUAGGCAUCUCCAAUUUGUGCUUCAUGCUGCCUUGGCAGUUUGCCCAGUUUGUGCUGCUCACCCAGGUGGCUUCUCUGUUUGCCUCUUACAUUCUGGGUUACCUCGCUGCUGCCAAGAUGCAGUCCAUCCUCGUUACUCAUAUGAUCACACUGGGCGUCUGCUUUAUCCUGAUGUUUGGUAACUCCAUGCUCCUUACAUCCUUCUACGCCUCUUCGCUUGUGUCAAUCUGGGUAAUCAUUGCAAUGAGGGAUCGAUUUUCUCAAGUCUUCAGACAAGGCAUUGUCAUCUGGGUCAUGCAGGGCCUGGCUUGGGUCGGCUCAACAGUUCUGCUUAAAUACGUGCUAUCCACAGUCUUGGGUGCUUCUGAUGAUGCUCACAUCAGUGGACUAAUCAAGUCCAAGUUCACGAGCUACAAGGAUUUCCACACGCUGAUGUACACGUGUGCUGCUGAAUUUGACUUCAUGGAACUGGAGACUCCUGUUCGUUACCUCAAAACGUUGCUGUUGCCCAUCAACGUGCUGGUGGUUGCUCUCAUUGCUGGCCGGACUGUCCAGGAUAUAGUCCGCUCCCUGAGGCACGGGGAGAAGACGUCGGCUAAGACUGAAGAUGCUGAUGAAGCUGCAGGGUCUGAAAUAGCUGCAAAAGGAGAGCUUGUGUACCACAGCCUGCAGCUGGUGGCUUUCGCUGUCCUGGCCAUCCUUAUCAUGCGUCUGAAGCUUUUCCUGACACCCCACAUGUGCAUCAUGGCAUCACUGAUCUGCUCCAGACAGCUGUUUGGCUGGAUCGGGGAGAAGUUUAAGCACCAAACUGUGGUUUUUGCUGUAAUGGCCAUCAUGGCCAUACAGGGAAUGACCAACCUGCAGGCCCAGUGGGCGAUCAUUGGAGAGUUCAGCAACCUCCCCCAGGAGGAGCUGCUGGACUGGAUCCAGGAAAACACGCGUCCCAAUGCUGUGUUUGCUGGAGCGAUGCCCACCAUGGCCAGCGUGAAGCUUUCCACAGGUCGGCCAAUCGUCAAUCACCCGCAUUACGAAGACGCUGGACUGAGGGAGCGAACCAAGCUGGUCUAUUCCAUGUACAGCCGCAUGUCUGGAGAAGCUGUGAAGAGGAACCUUAUGAAGCUGGGAGUGGACUUUUUCAUCCUGGAGGAUUCCUGGUGCACCAGGCGAACCAGACCUGGGUGCAGCAUGCCAGAGAUCUGGGACGUUGAAGACCCCCAAAAUAUUGGUAAAGUCCCUCUCUGCACCCAUAUUUCCAGGAACUCUCGACCCCACUUCACCACAGUCUUUUCCAAUGACAUUUACAAAGUUCUCAAAGUCCCCAAAGCCUCCAAAGAUCUCAGAUAACAUCGCUGGACAGACCGGCUCAGCACCAAUCUGCUCUUUGCAUUCCUUCUUUGUUGUAUAUUUUUGGGUCACUCACUGCCGUUGCUGCUUUUUACGUCCCAAAAACCCAGUUCCACUUUUUUCAUGUUCUGAUUCACUGAGCAGUGGAUCCAAAACAGGUUGGACAUACCAAACCAGUAUGCCACGAGUCUGAACCCUCUUGGUGGCCUCGCAGUUCUCAGUAUUUGUAACUUAGUCUCUUUUCAGUCUAGCUAUUGCUGCAUCAUUGUCACCUGAUGGCUUUCCUGUUGUGAGAGCCAGGCAGUAUUGUAGCUCCGUGGCUCGUCAUUUAGCUUGCUGGCAUUGGUCCUGUUACUAAAUUCCUCAUUUUAAGGGAUGUUCUCCAUACAUUUGUAUAGUUUUUUUACUGUGUAGAACUGAUUUUGACUUCAGAAGUGAAUUUUGUCUGGCAGGACCAAUCAGUGAUGUCCACAUACUGUGAAGCAAUACCCUUUGCAAACUUGGCAAAAGCUGACUUCUUCUAUUGUUAUGUACAGUGUUGAUGUAUGAAAAGAUUUUUCAGUAGUACACUAUUUUUAUAAUUUAUUGGUGUGACCAUUUUAUGCAACGUAGAAGUGUUGAAACAUCGAAGCAAACAGUGUUCGAGGGGGACGAUGAGGUGCUUGUGUUUUUUAAAAUGUACAUAUCAAAUGGCAUCGGUGUCUACUGUAGACUAAAUUACCGAAAUCACCCAAAAACAUUUUAGCAAAAUUGGGAGCGGAGCUUUUGUUGUUACUUCAGUUACAGUUUGUUUAUUAUAUAGUUUUUUACAGCUAAGAAGAUAAACAAAACAUGACCGAAUCUUUUUUGUAAAUACUGAACUUGUUGUUUUGUAAACUGCCGAUGGCCUUUUAAAAGGUCCUUUGUGCUUCUUGAAUUAUUGUUUGUUGCCAAAGGAAGUCUUGUUAUCAAAGCUGCAUAUUCAGGGUACUGUAGCACAUGGAAAAUUUGUUUUUAAGUGACAGCCAAUCAGAGUUAUUCGUAGCAGUGCAUUUACAUGUUAACGGUAGCAGUCGGUGGUUCCUUUUGUUGGACCACAUUAAUAACAUUUUAGGGAAUGCAUUCAUUUGAUUUGUCAUUACAAUGAGUAUAACGAUGAUACUGUCCUAUCUGUGUGAUAAUUGUAUCGCUAUAGCCAGUAGGGGACCAGCUUGGCUUAUCAUGGCAAAAGUGAGAAAAGAGCUCCGUUUGGCUUGGUGUGAACACAACAUUAGAGUUCAUACAUCCACUCUUCUAACUUCACACCAGCUGCCACAAACAAGGAAACCUUAAAUUGACCACUGUAUGUUAUAUUUCAGUAGUCUGCAAAAUUCUAGCCAAUAAAUAAACACACACACACACACACUCACUCUUUUUCAGCCUCAGUGUUUUGACUGAGUCAGACUGAUGGAAGCCACACUUUUAAUCUUUAUGGGAAUCUGAGCUUCCCAGCUUCCUUGUAAUAAUAAUUUGCUGUUCCUAUUAAACCAUAAUUCAGUGUUUUUAUUUUGGUUUUUGGACAUAUGAGAGAUAGCAUCUUAAUUAUUAAAGUGAAGCAGCAGAAAGUUUACAGUUUCGUGGAACCAUGCUUUUUUUUGCAGAUACAAGAUUAAUAUGGAUCUUCUAAAAGAUUACCAUCAUGUUGGAGAAGUGGCUUUUCCUUCUGUUGAUUAUUUCCUAAUUCAGAUUAGGAAAUAAGCAAACACACACACACAGGUUAAAAUCAUCAUAUCUUGGGUUAAAUAAUUUUACUGGCUCAGGAAUCGGGAGCAUGAGCAUUUUAAACAACAAAAAGUGGCAAAUCAAAUAGUUGAAUUUAUCAAAUCCAUCUGAUUUAAUUUUAUGUACUCUGAAUAUGAUGACUGAAGAGUUCAUGGUGUACAGUUGUGGCCAGAUGUUUAAAGAAUGAGUAUUGGUUUCACAAAAAUUUCUGCUUCAGUUUUUAUGAUGGCAAUUUUCAUAUCCCCCAGAGUGUUAUGAAGGGUGAUCAGAUGAGUUUGCCAUGGCGAUGAACUAAAUCCCAAAAAACAAUUUCCUCUUCAUUUCAGUCCUGCCACAAAAGGAGUUAACUCAGCUGAGAGGUCGCUCUGUCGUGCUGAUUGAGUUUGAACAGCAGAUUGGAUUCUUUCAAAGGAAGAUGGUUCUUGAAAUAAUUGUUCUUUUUACCAUGGUUACCUGCAAGGAAAUGUAUGCAGUCAUCACUGCUUUGCAUAAAAAGGGCUUCACAGGCAUGGGUAUUGCUGCUAAGAUUACACCUAAGCAUUAUAACCAUAUAUUGGAUUUUCAAGGAGAGAGGUUCAGUUGUUGUGAGGAAGGCUUCAGGAUGCCUAUAGGUCAUUCAGCUAUGAGCCAUGAGUAAAGAAUGGUACCAAAAUCUCCUCCAAGAGCAACUUCCCCCAACCGUCCCAAGAACAAGUCGGUGAGGAGCGAUGCCUUUUCCAGCAUGGCGGAGCGUCGUGUCAUAAGGCAAUCAGAAUCAGACUCAGAAUCAGAAGGUUUUAUUGCCAUAUGGGUGAACAGGUUCACAGCAUUAGGAAAUUGCUGCGGUACUUCGUGCUUACAGAAAAAAAACAAAUAAGUAUAAAAACUA